GCAGAUUCUUCUCUGCAUUUCAAUUGGCUUCUCAGAGAGGCAGGGUAGCCUCAGCAACGUGCACAGUCAGGGUCUCCGGCGCUCUACGAAUCAUUAUAUACGCCCAGCACUGCGAUGAUGUUACCUGGUAAAGGGCGGAAAAAAUCUCCAAGCUCCACAUGACAGUAUUUCGGCAGAAUGGUCAAGAAAUCCGGCAACGGCGGUGUUUACCCGGGUCCAGCUGCGGAGAAAAAACUCAAAGUAGGCUUUGUCGGGAUAGAACCUGGGGCUACGGACUCAAACAAAGAUGCGGCGCUGCUCAUAGCAGGUGCGGACGCCAAGGCAACAACACGGGGCAGCAUCCUUAGCAAACCGAGAUCCAGCCUCUCCGGCAAACCCAAGCCUCCAAAGAGAACUGUAUUCUACAGAAGACUGCAGAAUUUUCUUUACAAUGUUUUGGAGAGACCAAGAGGAUGGGCAUUCAUUUACCACGCAUACGUUUUUCUGCUGGUCUUCUCCUGUCUGGUCCUCUCUGUGUUUUCCACCAUUAAGGAGUAUGAGAAGAGCUCUGAAGAUGCCUUGUACAUACUGGAAAUAGUCACCAUCGUAGUGUUUGGUGUGGAGUACAUAGUGAGGAUAUGGGCCGCUGGAUGCUGCUGCAGAUACAGAGGAUGGAGUGGCCGUCUGAAAUUUUCACGCAAGCCCUUCUGUGUGAUCGACGUCAUGGUUCUGAUUGCGUCCAUCUCUGUGCUGGCGGCUGGAACCCAGGGGAAUGUCUUUGCUACUUCUGCCAUCAGGAGUUUGAGGUUCCUGCAGAUCUUGCGCAUGAUCCGAAUGGACCGCCGUGGAGGCACCUGGAAACUCCUGGGAUCUGUUGUUUACGCUCACAGCAAGGAGCUGAUCACAGCGUGGUACAUUGGCUUCCUCUGCCUCAUCCUGGCGUCCUUCCUGGUUUAUCUGGCCGAGAAAGAGGACAACGACCAGUUUGAGACCUACGCAGACGCGCUGUGGUGGGGCCUGAUCACCCUGACUACCAUUGGGUAUGGAGACAAGUUUCCCAUAACGUGGAACGGGCGUCUUCUGGCCGCAACCUUCACCUUGAUUGGAGUGUCUUUCUUUGCACUUCCAGCAGGGAUCUUGGGCUCCGGCUUUGCCUUGAAGGUCCAGGAGCAACAUCGACAAAAACACUUUGAGAAGCGUCGGAAUCCUGCGGCAGGGCUUAUUCAGGCCGCAUGGCGCUUCUACGCCACUAAUCUCACCCGGCCAGACCUGGAGUCGACGUGGGAUUAUUACGAGCGCACCGUGUCCGUGCCGAUGUACAGUAGACUGAUCCCGCCACUAAAUCAACUGGAUCUACUAAGAAAUCUGAAGAGCAAGUCGGGACUGUCAUUCAGGAAGGAACCCCAACCGGAGGCCUCCCCAAGUCAGAAGGUCAGCCUGAAGGAGCGUGUUUUCUCCAGUCCCCGGAGCUCAGGGACCAAAGGGAAAGGUUCACCCCAGGGCACCAGUGGACAAGGCAGCCAGGGUCAAGGCCAACCCGUUCACAGGUCCCCCAGCGCCGACAACAGCAAUGAAGACAGCCCCAACAAAGUGCCCAAGAGCUGGAGUUUCGGAGAACGCAGCCGGGCACGUCAAGCCUUCCGCAUGAAGGGCGCCGCCUCGCGCCAAAACUCGGAAGUGCUGAUUGAGAUGCAGGAUGAAGAAUUCAGACAGAAGAGCUCACCAGAAGCCAGCCUCCCUGGAGAGGACAUAGCAGAUGACAAUAAGAGCUGCCACUGUGAGUUUGUCCCUCAGGACCUAACUCCCGGACUCAAGGUCACUAUCAGGUCCAUUUGCAUUAUGAGGUUCAUGGUCUCCAAGAGGAAGUUCAAAGAGAGCCUGCGGCCGUACGACGUGAUGGAUGUCAUAGAGCAGUAUUCAGCCGGCCACUUGGACAUGCUGGCCCGCAUCAAAAAUCUCCAGUCCAGAGUUGACCAGAUUGUUGGUCGAGGUACUCCGAUCACAGAUAAAGACCGUCCCAAAGGAACCACAGACGGGGGGGUUGAGGAGGACCCAAGCAUGAUGGGGCGUUUGGGGAAAGUGGAGAAAAAGGUCAUGUCAAUGGAAAGAAAGCUGGACUUCUUGGUGAACAUCUACAUCCAGCGCAUGGGCAUCCCCCAGUCGGAGACUGACGCCUACUUUGGGUCCAAAGAGCCCGACCCGGCACCGCCCUACCACAGCCCUGUGGACCACAUGGCGAAGAGUGGCUCCAUCACCAAAAUCAUCCGCUCCAACAGCUCGGCCGGACAGAAGAACUUCGACCCCCCACCAGCCUGUUCCGGCCUAGGGGGACACUGCCCCCCCUCCACCUCCUGGCAGCAGCACCCCGUCAGUGAGGUACACCAGCGCAGCCAGGACAACUCCCCCUCCCCCGUAGGGGAUCCCUCCCUGGUCCGCAUCCCUCCUCCACCGGCCCAUGAGCGCUCAUCUGGAGGCCACAGUGGGAGCAAUCGGGGGUCCCACCGCAACAGCGGUGGUGGCAGUGGUGAGGGGGAUAGAGAGGGCAAGGCAGACAGCGACACGUCCAUCUCUAUCCCCUCGGUGGACCACGAGGAACUGGAGCGCUCGUUCAGCGGCUUCAGCAUCUCCCAGUCCAAGGAAAAUCUGGACUUCCUGAACAACAGCUACUUCAGUGUUGUAGCCCGCUGCGCCAAAGUAAGGCCCUACAUCGCAGAAGGUGAAUCCGACACUGACUCGGACCUCUGUGCCCCCUCGCCCCACUCUGCCACCGGGGAAGGCGCUUACGGGGGCAGAGGGUGGUCAGGAUCCAAGUAGGCCAAAACUGGAACUGCUCAUAUAAAUGGUCACUCUGCCUUAGAGUUCAGAGUUGAUUGCCCAAUAUGCUAGGUGUUACCACCAAUGGUACUUGUGAGAACCGAAUAACCUGGCUCCUCUUGAAUGAGUGAGAAAAAAGGUUAUCAGACCACACUCCAAUGGUUUUUGCUGAGAAAGCGCCUGUAGUUUUUCAUGCUGGGAAUGUUUGCGGCAACUUGACUUAAAGCACACACAUUUGUUCUCAAGUAUUCGCACACUCAUUAACUCAAGGUUAAGUUUGUCAGUGAUUGUUUUGAUCUUUUACUCGGGAACGGAAUGCAUAUUAAUUUGCCAACCUUAUAUUUUCAUCGAGAUGGUUACAGAUUUAAAGAAUUCACUUGAAUUUGUUCAAAACUAUGACAUCCAUAUUCUUUUGUUGCAUUUGAUUGUUUUUGUGGCAUAAGAGAUUCCCAAUUUCAUCUAACUUGUCAUGUAUUGUAUUUACAUCCCAAAUUACUUAGUUAUUUACAGUGGAUAACAGAUGACAUGUUUUGCUUUAUGGUUGAUCAGCUAAAUAUAUUUAUUUCAAAGGAAUGUAAUAUUAUAGUCAACAUUAUGGCUCGUGUCCAUAAACCCUAUUGGAUAUAAGGACAUGUGAUAACCAGUUCUAUGUGCACUAUUUUAGCAGUAAUUGUGGUACACAACCCUUUAAGGCUUCUUUGCAUAAAUGUGCACAAGGCACAAACGCACUGACGAGGUUCACAUUACACUACUCACUAUAGAGAUUGUACAUAUUCGAUACCCACAAUAUUAUAUUUGUGAUAUCCACAAAGAUGCUUUCUUUGGCAAGUGGUGGAGUAAAACCAAUAUUGGAACAUUUUGUUUGGUCUUUAUGAUCUGUAAAGAUGUAUUUUAUAGAUUUUUUUUUAUAUCACAUAAUUGUAAUUAUAUUUAUUUGUUUAUUCAUUUGCUGUAAGACACAUAUGUGACGUUUUUGGAAAACAAGCUGCAUGUGCAAGCACAAACACCUUGCAGCUGUUUGCCAAAUAGUAUUCAAAUGCACUAUUUGCCAACUACAUCCAUAAUAUGACACAACUGGAAACAUUAACAGAAUUCACUAACAUAAAAUUACAACAGCUAUAGUUAGAUGAACGCUUUAUAUUUUGUUGAUUGCAUCACAUUUUUAUGAAAGUAUAUAAUAUCAUUUCAUGAUGAUAGAAAUGUUAACAAAAUAUUCAGGCAUGUUAUUUAAUUAACAUUUUAUAUUUUUUGCAAAAGCCUUACUCACAAGCUUUGACAUGAUAUUUGAUUUAAGCCAAAUGGGGGCAUUUAACAAACUGUUUUAUCCUUUGAAAAGCCCCUUUAUCCAUUGAUAUUUCAACAUAUAUAUAUAUUUUAAUUAAUUGUGUCCUUUCCAAGGCAAAAACAUUUAAGAAUGUAUGUGUAAUGUUUUACUUUUACUUUAUGAUUAUUUUAGUCAAACUUUGCUCUGCCAAUAUUUUUGCUGCUGUUUUCCCUCCAUUUUCUCCUGUGCCGAUCAGAAUAUCUAGUCAAAUAUUGAUGGCAAAGGUACACACGUAUGAAUUACUGACAGCAGACAUUUUUUAUUCACACUCUGUAUUGUGGAUACACAAUGAUUGAACAGAUACAUUCUGCAACUGGAUCUAAAUAGGUUCAUCCAGAGAUUAAAUUACUCCAUAAAUUAUUAAAUGAAUCAUCAAAUAGAGAGCUACCUUCAAACCCUUUUAAAAUGCAGACUUGCAUGAGAUAAAAUGAUCUUUUCAGCAACUGCCUUGUAAAUGUCCUGGUGACAUAUCUUCACUCCUGUCAUUCUAAAUGAAAAGACCCAGGAGACGCAAAGCAAUUAUAUUUCCUAGGUUCAACUGGCAACACAAUUUACUGCAGGGAAGAAUACACAUUUUCAACAAUUAUCAUCUCCGCAAAGAUAUCAAGAAAUAUCCUGUUUGUUUUGUUUGUUACAUAUUUUCACAUCUACGCUGCCUUGCUUGCUUGUUUACAUUCAAUUAUUUUCCAAAGAGUAUACUUCUCAAAUGCCUUGGAUGUCUUUUAUGUUAGUUUUUUUCCAACCUUUGUUACAGGCCAUGUUUGAAAGAGCUAUUCUGAACACACAAUAUGCUUGUGAAUGUAUUUUUGAAUGUUGUCUCACUCAAGGUAUUACCAUCACUGUUAGCACACAGCAUGCUUAAACAUAGUUAUUUGGAGCAAAACAGAAACAAAUAAGUAUUAGAAAGACAAAGUUCUGAAAAGGACUACAGACAGAGCGAUACUUCAUGUCACUUGUAUUUUUCAACCCCUGCAAGCUUAAAUUUUUUGAGAGGGGGGGACUUAUUGUACAGCAUAUAUGUGUUUACAGGAUAUAUUCAUUUUAUUUUACUGAAAGUAUCAAUUUCACAGUCACAUGGAUUUUGUGACAUGCUGUAAGCAAUCAAGCAGCCCCCAAAUGUUUUUAUGUUUUUUUGGCACACCAAAGUUUUUAGAAAAAAAAGACGAAGAAUUCAGCAAAACAAAAAUAUAUAAUCUGUAUUUCUACAAAUAAAAAAAGAGGCAUGUGAUUGUGUCUCAAUGUAAUCAAGCUAUGAAAUUAUUGUUAUUUUGAAAUGUAAUGUAUUUUUGGGCUUAGUAGUGGUCAAUUUGAAGUGUACAAGUUAUUGUUAUUUUCCUUCCCCCCGACCAUUCACUUUGACAAAAAUCGGGCCACAGCUGAAUCUAGUUGCCUAACACUGCUGUAAGCAUUUCAAAGCUGUUAUGAAAAUGUUGACUCUAUGAUUUCAGUCAUUAUUGUUUUAGUUUUUUAACUGAAAUACUUUUGGAAUCAAUGCUUGCCGGCAUGUUUUGAACCUUAUUAUAAACUGGGUGGUUCGAGCCCUGAAUGCAGUUUGGCUGACAGCUGUGGUAUAUCAGGUAUGACAAAA